CGAGUGAUACGAUAUUUCCGAACGCAGUCUUGUUUGUGUAAAGUGGUGUGUUUUGAAACACGAGGAUGUAAAUGUUGUCAUCCGUCCCGUGUUCGCGGAUGUAACGGAUGUAACGGGUAAUGUCGAGUAAAAUGAAACGAUAUGUCUCAUUCGACGCAACUUUUUAGCGGGCUGCUCAUCCUUCUGUCGGUGAUCGUACUGUGCGAUGGCGCGGACACGUAUGAGAUCGACUGCAAUAACCUGCGAAUGGGACAGUACAUUUGUCCUCAUCCUGAUUACGAUUUCAUAGAUCCAAAAACGCAGCAACCCCGCGGCUGCACUAAAGAAAACAAGGCCAAAGUGCUAUGUUUAGCUGCCGAUGGCCUUAUUUGUACAGAAACUAAGAAUAACACUUUCAAGAAAGAUAUACCUUGCAAAUGGACAAAUGGAUAUUCAUUUGAGACAUCAUUACUGCUAUCGAUAUUUCUUGGUAUGUUCGGCAUAGAUCGAUUUUAUCUUGGAUAUCCUGCUCUAGGCUUGCUCAAGCUGAGCACGUUGGGAUUUCUUUUUCUUGGCCAGUUCGCCGAUGUCAUUCUGAUAGCUACGCAAAUCGUAGGACCGGCGGACGGUUCACACUACGUGAUGCCAUAUUACGGUGCCGGAAUUAACAUCAUAAGGAGCAACAAUUUUACAUACAGAGUACCACAAUAUGAUUGCUAAGAGAAAAUAGUAUAUUCAAAGCCAAUUGUAAAUGACGACUUUUCUAUACACGCACACGCGCGCGCGUGUGCGUGUGCGUGUGUAUGUAUAUAAUUGUAUACUAAUCUCUGUUUUCGUCGCAAGCAAUAGUUGCGUUCAGAAAUGUCGCUCGGAUGCUUCCGAUUCAUCAUCUGUCCUUGUUUAAUAUUUAAUAUUAAUAUUUA